UCAUGGAACGUAGUUGCGUCAAAUAACCUGUUCGCCCUAGGCCCUAAAUUUUCCUGUACUCUCAAUGAUGUUUAUAAAUAUGAGAAUUUGACAGUUUUACACAUCACUCAUUAGCAAUAUCAAACAUCCUCGUGACAUGUAGAUAUAAACACCUUCCGUAAAUUAAAAACAAUUGAUAAUGAUACAAAAAUUAUUCUUAAAUAACGUAAAAAAUAUUUAAUAUAAAAAAAGAAUAACGAUAAAAACGUUAUACAGUUGGUCUGAAAAAAUGACAUCUGGCCAAAGUGGACAAGACCAUUCCUUCACCAUAAGACAAGAGAUACAACGUUUUGAAAGUGUUCAUCCAUCAAUAUACGCUAUUUACGACCUUAUAGAUCUUAUCUCGGAUACACAGAUUGCUAAACAAAUACGUGAACAUGUUGUUGCCAUUGAAGAUUCUUUCGUCAAUAGUCAUGAAUGGACACUCGCCAGACACGUUCCGGAGCUACAUCUUGGAAUUAUCGGCUCUUAUGAAUCAGGAAAAUCGGCCCUUGUUCAUAGAUACCUAACCGGAUCUUUUAUGCAUGAAGAAUCCCCAGAAGGAGGACGAUUCAAAAAAGAAGUCUUUAUUAAUGAACAAAGUUAUUUAUUGCUCAUCAGAGAUGAAGGGGGGGUACCGGAAUCACAGUUUUCUUCUUGGAUAGACGCUGUACUACUGGUAUUUAGCUUAGCAAGCGAAGAAAGCUUUUCAGUAGUAUGCAGUUACUAUAAUAAAAUGUGUUCUUUUCGAAAUAUGUCCGAUGUACCAAAAAUCAUAGUAGGAGUACAAGAUUCGAUCAGUGGCACGAGUCCUCGUGUGAUAAAAGAUAUACAGCCAAGAAAGUUGGCUUGCGACUUGAGAUGCCCCUAUUAUGAAACCUGUGCCAUUUAUGGCUUAAAUGUGGAAGAAGUCUUUGAAGACGUUUGUCAAAAAAUAAUCCAAAAAUUAUCUACCAAACACGCGCGAUGUAAUGGGCAAAAUUUGGGAGAUAACGAAACGAAAUACUCUAUACCUGUGAUUUCAAAAACUCUACUGCCACCUACCAAAGAUUCGGAAAUGGGCAGUCCCUCAAAAGUUAAUAUAAUGGAAAAAACGGACGAAUUCCUCCGCCCAAUGCAGGAAAAUAUCACGCAAUGCGAAUCCUCGUUAUCCAACGAUAGCUUUCAAUAUAUUCACAAUCAACAUGGAGAACUACGCUCAUCGAUUUUGACUCCGACGACAAUCAGAAAAUUUAGGAGAAAAUCGAACAUAUUUACUCCAUCAAAAAAAGAAAAAUACAACAUGGGAGAAAUGGGAGUAGGGAGAGAAAUUCCUGCAAAACAAGGAUAUCUCUUCAAGAGAAGUAGCAAAUCACUGAAGGAAAGGAAGAAAAAAUAUGUCACUCUUUUGGAAGACGGUAGAUUGACUUAUCAUUCGAGUUUGCACGAUUAUAUGAACGACACGAAUGGAAAAGAAAUACUGCUGCAAUAUGUGACGGUGAAAGUGCCUGGAAAGACUCCAAAAGGCUCAAAGUCAACUCCGACGCAGGAUGACAGUUUCGAAUUUUCUAUAAUAUCGUUGGAGAACAAAACUUGGCAUUUUGAAGCCAACAACGCCGAAGAUCGCGAGAGUUGGAUCACCGCGAUCGAGCAACAAAUUCUAUCAAGUUUACAGAACAGUGACGGUGAUAAAAAAAACGAGACCGAUGCUUUCAAGAUGCAUUGUAUAAAAAACAAAGUUUCGGGAAAUGAUGCGUGCGUUGAUUGCGGAGCUGCAAAUCCAGACUGGGCGAGUCUAAAUCUCGGUGUACUCGUAUGCAUCGAGUGUUCCGGUAUACACAGAAACUUGGGUUCGCACAUAUCGAAAGUGCGAUCGUUGGAUUUGGACGAUUGGUCUGCAGGACAAUUGAGCGUAAUGCUGGCCCUUGGAAACGAUAUCGCUAACGGUGUUUGGGAAUACUGCUUGAAUGGAAAACAAAAGCCGAAUUCUGAUUCAUCCAGAGAAGAAAAAGAACAAUGGAUACGAUGGAAGUACGAGGAGAAGUUAUUUCUACCACCGACUAACCCUAAUAUAUCUCUUGGAAAAUUGCUCAUUGAUUCGGUCUGUCGCGGUGACAUGCGAGCAUUCACGUUAUGUCUGGCAAAGUGCACUUACGAGGAUGUCAAUAUAUCUGUGAGCGCUGAAGAUCUUCGGACUCCUUUACAUCUUGCAUGUGCAACAGGGAAUUUAGCGAUGGCCCAAUUAUUAAUUUGGCACAAAGCCAAUCCACAGAAUCUCGAUCACGAAGGCCGAACGUGCAUGUCUUACGUUAGAGCGUUAGAGAGAACGCUGGACAACUCAUCGGACUCGAUGGAAAUGCAAAAGUUAUUGGAGGUACUGGAACAAGCGAGUAUAUCGAAUGUUGAGGAGACAUGAGCCAAACAGUAUUAACUUGGUUCGGGCCGUGUAAAAAAUGAGAUGAGACUCGGAGGGAGUUUUUUUAAUAGCUAGAACCUGACACAACAUUCUGGCAAACCAAACGGUUUCCUAUUCCUCUACGUACUUAUUUCAUCGUGUGAUUCACCUAAUUGUAAAUUUCCCGCAUUCUUAUUUAACAAAUUAAUGGAAAAAUGGUCAAAUCACGCAAGUCAUGUGCUCAUAGCGAUUUGAGAGCAUUUUUAACUUUCGUUUUAGUUUCUGACAAAUAAAUCGCGUGAAUUAUA